AUGGCUUCGCAUUACAGCACCCAAGACGAAAUUGACGAGUCCUACGGGAUUCUAACAACAACAUUCUCUUCAGGGAAAACGAAAGAGAUUGCGUGGCGGAGGUGGCAGCUGAAGCAGCUUUGGUGGUUGGUGGAGGACAACACAGAGCAAAUCAUCAACGCUCUGCACAAAGAUUUGGGUCGCCACCCAUUUGAAAGCAGCCUUGGGGACUUGCGCAGUACGAAACAUGCAAUCAUGUACACAUUGAAGAACCUUGACAAAUGGACGUCUAAUGUCAAGCUCGCGGAUGCGGGUUUCAUCUUUGGGGUCCUGGGCAAAGCGCACUAUCGAAAGGAGCCUCUUGGUGUUGCACUCAUAAUUGGGGCCUGGAAUUAUCCCCUCUACGUCGCACUCAACCCACUCGUCGGUGCUAUAGCAGCUGGUUGCUGUGUCAUGGUAAAGCCUUCCGAGGUUGCAACACACACCGAGGCGCUUCUGAGCUAUCUGUUCCCCAAGUAUCUUGAUCCCGAGGCAAUCCGCCUCGCCACCGGGGGCGUCAAAGAGGCAACUUAUAUCCUCGAAAAACGGUUCGACCAGAUCUUCUUCGUUGGGUCCAGCAAGGUAGGCCGAGUGGUGGCGGCGGCAGCGGCGAAACAUCUCACCCCGACAGUGUUGGAGCUGGGAGGGCAGGGACCCUGCGUCGUCACCAAAUCGUGUGAUAUUGAGCUUGCCGCGCGGCGGAUUUCCAACACCAAGUUUAUGAAUGCCGGCCAGAUCUGCACGAACAUCAACCAUGUCUUUGCUGAGCCUGAAAUCGCGGAUCGGUUAUUGGAACGUAUGAUCUACUGGAAUGACCAGUACUUGAAGCAAGGCGAUGGCCACAUGUCUCGCAUUAUCAACGAGCACAACUUCGAUCGGGUUAUGCAGCUUCUGAACAAUACCAAGGGGGAUAUUGUUUAUGGCGGAAAAUGUAAUAGAGAGGACAAGUUUAUCCAUCCCACCAUCAUCAAGGGAAUCACCCUGGAUGACUCUUUGAUGUCCGAAGAGAUCUUCGGCCCCCUCCUUCCAAUAAUUACAGCUACUGUCGAUGAGGCAAUUAAAAUGACGAAGUCACUGCCGAAACCGCUGGCUAUGUACGUAUUCAGCCAAGAUGACGCCGUCACGAAGAAGAUCUUGGACCAGGUUGACAGCGGAGGGGUCACAGUUAACGGCACAUUCUUUCACUCGUUCGUGGACUCGGCUCCAUUUGGAGGAGUUGGAGAUUCCGGCCACGGUGCCUUUCACGGAGAGCAUAGUAUCGACUGCUUCACGCAUAAGCGAACAGUUGUUACGCCGCCGUCGUUUCUGGAUAGGGUGCUCAACUUCACGUAUGCGCCUUACGAUUUGAAGUAUGUAAGCCGAACAAAUAUCGCGAACACCCUGGGUUUCAAACGAGGAGAGACAUUGGAAGAUCAAAAGCGCGUUGGUCCCAGCCAGUUUCUGCUUUGGGCACUGCCUAUCAUCAGCGUGGUUGCGUUGGCCUAUGUUUCUCGGAAACAAAUCGCGAACAUGCGUGGUUAA